ACCACAGCAAUCAGUCAAUCGAUCAGCAGCUCCAGAGUAACUUUACACACACACACAACAUGAUCUUCAAGGUGUUUGUCGUUCUGGUGGUGACGGCAGUAGUUAUGGCCAACCCAGGUGACUACGGACCAGUCUACAAGUCGGAGCCUCUGCCAUACUACUACGACUACAAUGUGCAUGACGGCUACAAGGGCACCAACUUCGGUCAGCACGAAAAGUCCGACGGUAAAAAUGUGUACGGUUCCUACACCGUCGACCUCCCCGACGGCCGCAAACAAAGGGUGGACUACACAGCUGACCACUACAGGGGCUACGUGGCCAAGGUCAGCUACUACGGCAAGGCUCAGCACCCUAAACACUACGGCCCCGCCGUCACAUUCUUCAAGGGCUACGGACACGGAGGAUACCACUGAGGACCAACCCAGAACACUCCAGCACUAAUGACGUUAUAUUUUUGUAGGGUAAACGUGGAAGAAUAAAUAAUAACCACUACACAGUGUCUGAUUCUUACAAAAACUGAAGUGAAGC